UUAUAAAAUAACUUAAUUUUACAUAAACUCGGAAUACUGAUCUAUGUACAAUCCCUAUUGCCGCGUGAGGUGUCGGUCAACUGAAAAAGCUCCUGGCCUAAGUUGAAUAUGGUGGGAGCAAAACUCAGACAGCCCUUUCCAACGCUGAACAAAACCGCGUGCGCGUGAAAACUCACGUGGUCUUCUUCCAUUUUUAAUUUAAUUUAGUUUAGUGAAAGUCGUCCGGAGAAUCCCAGAAACCAAACCGGGCCUCCCUCCCUGAGCUGCGGCUUCUGAAUAACAGCUUUAUGUCACUGACGAUGGCUGAGUUUCCAAUACCUCCACGCUUCUCGGGUUGCUCCUAACGCGGUUUACUAACUAAACCUUUCAAACGAAACGGAGGCCGAUUUGAUUGCAACAGACUAAAUUUUGUUGUGGGAAAUCACUUUGAUAUUCGGACUGCCAUGUCGUUUCCAAGUCAAGAAAGUCAGAGCGAGUUCAACCACUGCCCAGAUUUAACCGCUAUGGUUCAUAAUGUAGAUCAGACUCCUUUAGCCAUUUCUCCGGACGACUUGACCCAGAGGUCCAUGAACUCUCAGUUUCAUCCUGACGUUGAAGUGGAGACCGGUUCUGUGGCACAGAAUGGAGAUGGGAGUAGUAGCUGGGGAUUAUCUUUCUCAGACAUGCCGUUGGAUUCAUAUUGGAAAGACCUUGAUGUAGACCUCAGUUCUGUGGCACAGACUGAAGAUUUGAGUCCGAUGUCGACAUCUAAAACAGACACGCCGCGGCCAGGAGGAGGCAAUGCUAAUGAGUUACCCCAGCAGUUCAAUUCCUCUGACCAGCCAUUGAAUUCACUUGCUGGGAAUUUAACUGCUGAUCAGCUGGUGAACUCUCACGGAGACGUUGAAACGGAGGUACGGUGUUCUGAACCAAACCAAAGCCACCUGGAUCAUGAAGAAAGACCAUCUGAUCAAGCUUCAAAUGGACAAAAACAAAGGGGUCGUAAACCAAGGGUAACACCAGUGGAAAAAGCAAAGAACCAACUUGAUCAAGCAGGAAAUCACUUUGAUGUUCGGACUGCCAUGUCGUUUCCAAGUCAAGAAAGUCAGAGCGAGUUCAACCACUGCCCAGAUUUAACCGCUAUGGUUCAUAAUGUAGAUCAGACUCCUUUAGCCAUUUCUCCGGACGACUUGACCCAGAGGUCCUUGAACUCUCAGUUUCAACCUCACGUUGAAGUGGAGACUGGUUCUGUGGCACAGAAUGGAGAUGGGAGUAGUAGUUGGGGAUUACCUUUCUCAGACAUGCCGUUGGAUUCAUAUUGGAAAGACCUUGAUGUAGACCUCAGUUCUGUGGCACAGACUGAAGAUUUGAGUCCGAUAUCGACAUCUAAAACAGACAUGCCGGGGCCAGGAGGAGGCAAUGCUAAUGAGUUACCCCAGCAGUUCAAUUCCUCUGACCAGCCAUUGAAUUCACUUGCUGGGAAUUUAACUGCUGAUCAGCUGGUGAACUCUCACGGAGACGUUGAAACGGGGGUACGGUGUUCUGAACCAAACCAAAGCCACCUGGAUCAUGAAGAAAGACCAUCUGAUCAAGCUUCAAAUGGACAAAAACAAAGGGGUCGUAAACCAAGGGUAACACCAGUGGAAAAAGCAAAGAACCAACUUGAUCAAGCAGGAACAUCAGCUAAAGCUCGCAAUGGACAGAAACGAAAGUCUCGUCAACCAAUAAUUCGCACAGAAGAGCAAGAACAUGAAAGAAAAAGGAAAAAAAAUGAAUAUGAUAGACACUACCGGGCAGACAUUAAGAAUGAGUUAACGGAGCUGAGGGGACUCAAGGAGAAAAUUGUGACAAUAGUGUCCGAGUUAGAGGGGAUUGAUCAAAAGGGUUCACAGAUUGACCGCGUGAGCCCUGAUUUACAAAAAGGCCAACAGGAAGUGGUGGGAAACGAUAUGUCCCAGCAAGUAAUAAUUGAUUCUGCCGAUCGAGUUCCACCGAUUUGGGCAAAUGAAGUCCCAGUAUCCAUCUCGUCGGAUAAAUACGAGGAAAUGGAGGCCGACUGUCGUAGACUACAACGAAUGAAAUCCAAGUAUGGUGAAAUUGAGAAAAUUGAAUCCAUGUUGGAUAAAUUCAAGAAUUUGGAAGCCGAGUCACGUAGGUUCAAGCAAAUAAAGCUCUUGUUUGGUGGAGUUGAUGAAAUUGAGCGCGAAAUAAAUAGGCUUAAGAAAAUAGAGCUGCAGCUCGACAAAUAUAAGCAAAUGGAGACCACAAGGGAAAUGGACUCCUUUCAGGCAUCUCCUGGUAGGCUUCAGGAGCAGCGCGGGAUGCAUUCAUUAGACUUGAAUAGCGACUCUGAUGUGGCCUCAGAUGAUGGAAUUAAUCUAAAGCCCCCGGCCGCUGUGGGGUGUUCAAAGACAAUACAUGACAUGCAGUAUUCUGAUGCUCUUGUCACUAAAUUUAUGGCGAAGCUUGAUGAUGACAACGCUGUGAGCAACGUGGAUCACUCCAGCUUUAAAGAUUUAGAUGGAGAGUGCGAAAAAGUUGGCAAGUAUAAUAUCCCACUGUCUCUGGUCUCGACUGCAAGGGAUAUCAUCAAGGCCAAAGAUGAUAUCACGAAACAGAGUAGAUUUGGUCAUUGUGUUAUUGAGCCUGCUUAUAUUUUGCUUUGUGCUACAACCAAAGAGAUGAGAAAUUUGCCGCCUGAACAAGUUACGGAAGAGAUUAUGUUAAAGUGGAGAGAUGCAAUCAACGAUGCUAAAGGUCUUAGAUGUGAUACGGAAUUUGCUAUGAAAUAUUUGAGAAAAUUUGCUCAAGGUUACUUUGGUCUCAAAGCAAACAAUGACCGGAAAAACUUGGAACAGAGGAUGACAAUUCUAAAGACCGAAGAAGAAGUCUUGAAAAAGGAGCUUCAAAAGAAGACAAGUGAGAUGAAGUUCCUGAAAUCCAAACAAGAAGACUUAACAUCUGAGCAAUGCAAGGAUUGUCUGGAAUUCAAGAAUCAAAUUUUAACAAAAACUAUUAGACUUUUUGAUUAAUUGGUUCUAUGUUUUUUUUUUUCUUUUGAGUGAUGUUAGGCCAUACAUCAGGUACAAAGCAGAGAAGUUGAUACCAGUUAGCGGUAGAGACUAGAAAAUAGGUGGUGUUUGGUACUUUACAAUGCAAUGUGAUCACAGGUAAUAUGAUUACAAGCAAUAUAAUUGUAGAGAAAAUAACAUUACAAUGUUUUGUAUGCAAGCAAAAUAAUGAUUAAAAUGUAGGAAAGAUAACACCGCA